GGCGGCGGCGGCGGCGGCGGGAUGUUCGUGCAGGAGGAGAAGAUCUUCGCGGGCAAGGUGUUGCGGCUGCACAUCUGCGCGUCCGACGGCGCCGAGUGGCUGGAGGAGGCGUCCGAGGACACGUCUGUGGAGCAGCUCAAGGAGCGCUGCCUCAAGCACUGUGCUCAUGGGAGCUUGGAAGACCCCAAAAGUGUAACUCAUCACAAAUUAAUACAUGCUGCGUCAGAGAGGGUGCUGAGCGACACCAAGACCGUCUUGGAAGAGAACAUCCAGGACCACGAUGUCUUAUUGUUGAUAAAAAAGCGUGCUCCGUCUCCACUUCCUAAGAUGGCUGAUGUCUCGGCAGAAGAAAAGAAAAAACAGGAACAGAAAGCCCCAGACAGAGAUGCCAUAGUCCGAGCCACCGCCAGCCUGCCCUCCUGCAACAUGGACCGGGCUGUGGUCCAGACCAGCAUGAGAGAUUUCCAGACGGAGCUCCGGAAGAUCCUGCUGUCCCUCAUUGAGGUGGCCCAGAAACUGCUGGCACUGAGCCCCGGUGCCGUGGAACUGUUCACCAAGGCCAACGCGAUGCUGGACGAGGACGAGGAUGAGCGAGUGGACGAGACGGCCUUGCGGCAGCUCACGGAGAUGGGCUUCCCCGAGAGCAGGGCCGCGAAGGCGCUCCGGCUGAACCAUAUGUCGGUGCCCCAAGCCAUGGAGUGGCUGAUUGAGCACGCAGAUGACCCCGCCAUCGACACACCUCUCCCAGGUCAGCCCUCUCCGGGCGAGGCGGGGGCCGAAGCUUCGGCCGAGGCUGCUGCCGGCACCAGCGAAGGCGACGAGGAGGCCAGAGAUGAGCUCACGGAAAUCUUCAAGAAGAUCCGAAGGAAAAGGGCCUUUCGGGCCGACAGUCGGGCUGUCAUUUCCCUCAUGGAAAUGGGGUUCGACGAGAAGGAGGUGAUAGAUGCCCUGAGAGUGAACAACAACCAGCAGAACGCCGCCUGUGAGUGGCUGCUGGGGGACCGCAAGCCCUCCCCCGAGGAGCUGGACACGGGCAUCGACCCCGACAGCCCUCUCUUUCAAGCCAUCCUGGACAACCCCGUCGUGCAGCUGGGCCUCACCAACCCAAAGACACUGCUAGCUUUUGAAGACAUGCUUGAGAACCCACUGAACAGCACCCAGUGGAUGAACGACCCAGAGACGGGGCCCGUCAUGCUGCAGAUCUCCAGAAUCUUCCAGACCAUGAACCGCACGUAGGCCGCGCCUGCGCUCUCCGCUGCCCCGCUGGCCUGCCGGGGGGGGGGGGUCCGGCUCUCUGGGCCCUCCUCCUUCCCAUCCAGUUGUGGGGACAACGAGAGGACGCGCUGGGCGGAGGAGGGGACCGGUCAGGGCUGCAAAGGGUCCUGCCCGCACCCGCCCCCGAGCUGGGCCCCGGUCGUCCUGCUUCCAUCUUCCUGCUUAGACACUUCCGUGCGGCGUGUGCCCGGCGCGGCCCAGCGUGUGACAGUGUUUACAAACAGGUGGUUCUGUGGGGAGGGUUGCCCCCUACCCAGUGGUCCCUCUGGCUCUUCAAACGCUGCUUGAACGGAACCAUAGGCGCUGCUCGUAAAGUCACCUGCUGUUGGAAGAUGGCGAGUUCCUGUCCACAGUGUUAACGUCAAGCGCACUUGGCCGAGUGGAGGGUUCACAGAUGACUUUUCUCCCAUAAAUAAAUCCCCCU